GUAUCAGAAGUAUCAGAAAAUCUGAAUAAGAAAAAUGUAUGUUACAACUAUGUUACAAUGUAAGAAAUGUAUUGGUUCAUGAGCCAUAUAGGAUCAUCAAGAAAUUGAAACAGCUGAAAUUGUUGGAAGAACCUUGAAAUGACUUCUAAUACUGUAGUUUGAAACCCAUAAUGGUGGUGCUGUAGUUGUUACUUGCAUAUUAAUAGCAAAUGUUAUACAUUUAAGGGACAGCAUUUAGUAAUCAUCUGGAACAUUAAACUGUGAAAACAAGAGGGCCUCAUAAAUAUGUCGGAAUGUUUCAGAGAACAAUGAUGGCAUUGCUUUUGACUGCUGGGAGUGUUUUUCAACUGUCAGAAUCAAGUGUGACAUGCAAGAAUGAAGAAGGAAACGAGGUGGACUGGUAUAUUUUGUACAAGUUGCCCCUGGGGUAUGGUGCCGGUGUGUCAUAUCUGUACAUGGAUAAUAGCACCAAUGGAUGGAUUAAGAGCAAAACGAACAUUGGAGGAUCACCUGGCACUCUGGCAAACACACUGAAACCUCUUUUUGACUUCUAUGACACAAAGACUGAAGGUUUUGGAUACAUUUUAUAUAAUGAUCAACCUCCAAGGGGAGAAAAUGCUUCAACAUCAUAUGGCCACAGUAAAGGUGUUGUGAUGUUGGACAAUAAAACAGGAGUCUGGCUCUCACACUCUACACCAAAAUUUCCAAAAUAUCGCAGUAAAAAAUUCUGGCCAGCCAAUGGAAAGACUAAUGGUCAGACAUUUUUGUGUGUGACUUACUCCUCUGAUCAAUUUGAGGAAAUAGGAUUGCAGCUCAAGUACAUUCAUCCCUAUUCAUUUGACUAUGCCAUCUCGGAAUUCUUUCCCGAUGCGCUGCGAGAUGUUGCCUAUCAGAUUGGUUUCCCAAGAAAAAGUCCCUGGUUUCGUCAGACAAAUCUGAACUCAACUGGAGGAAAUAUUUUCUCCAGCUUUGCAAAAUACACACAUUUUAAUGAUGAUCUUUAUUCUGGCCUUAUUGUGGAGAAUAUGACGGAGAGUCUGUAUGUUAGGAGCUGGGGAAAAAGUGGUCGCUCAUCUCUGCUGCCGUCUGAAUGCAACCCAGGCACCCCGCAUCAUGUGUACAAUGUAAAGCAAGUUAAGCUCCUGAAAAGAAUCUGGAAUGAUACUAAUGAUCACUCCAAGUGGUGUGUGGCUCCUAAUAGUGGAUGGACCUGCAUUGCUGAUUUGAACAGGCAUGAGAGUCAGAAGAACAGAGGUGGAGGAGCAGUAUGCAUUAGAAACACUGCAGUUGCAAAUGCUUUCAAUACUAUAAUUAACAAGGCUGAACCAUGUCCACCUUCUGCUAAAAGAGAACUUUAAAUGCUCUCUCCUUUAUGGAAAUAUAUCUUCAAAACCAAGAACUUAGAAACAAGAAUGUUACCAACAUUGGUGGAAGAAGUACUCAGAUUUGUACUUGUACUACUCUUUUGUAAUUAGCAACACUAAAUUGGUAAAUUACUCUGGUACAAAUAAAGGUAUUGCAUUUGAAAUGUUACUUAAGUAAAGUAGAGAUAUAUUUGCCAUUAAAAUAUACUUUUCAAUAACAGAAGUAAAUAGUAGUCGAUAUGGCGUCUUUCAGAAUAAAAUAUGUUACAUGACUGGAUUGGGAUUAUUGAUUAAUGUUCAUCACGAUUGGUACAUGUGGAGCUAAUUUGAAUCACUGUGUGUACUGCUACUGGAUACCUCAACCUAACAUUAAAUAAUGUUAAUUUUUAAUUUAUAGUUGAUUUAUAUUUUUGUUUUAGCUAAUAUUCUGAAUCUAUAAAGUAACUCACUAAAGGGGUUAGAGUAUAAAGUACAAUAUUGGCUACAAAAAUGUAGUAAAGUAAAAGUAUUCAGUAGCAAUAACAUUAAAAGACUUAGGUAAGGUACAAGAACCUCAAAUGUGUACUUAAGUGCAUUACUUGAGUAAAUGUAUUACUAUCCACCACUGGUUAUCACUUAUAGCACUGCAAGUUUUACAUUUUAGAAGUUUUACACAGCCACGUUUUGAUGAAUGACUAUUUGUUUCUUUUUUCUUUUUUCUUUUGUAUUUGAAUUAAUGAAAAACUACAAUGAUUUUACCUUUUCAAAAUCAUAUCUUAAGAACUCAUUUCGAUGCAAAUACGAUACAAUUACUCUUGAAGAAAUGAAUGAAUAAAUCACUAUUAAAUAUCAAACUCUACAGAA